AAAUCGUAAGUAAGCAAAUGAGAAAGUAAUUAUUUAUCUCACAGUAUUUGAUGGACAAUAAAAACAUCAAAAAUUUUAAUUACUUACAAAAAUAAAUUAGCUUUACAGUAUAAUAAAUAAAACAAAUGAAUAAUUAGUUGACCAACUGAAAUACCUUAUAAAGGAAAAUUUCCACAAUGCAUUUAUAUGGUUUAUAGAACUCCUUCAAGGACUUACUGUAUUUUAUUAUAUUGGUUUUAUAGACAACAUCUACAAAGCACAUAGUUUAAAUGUGUAUGAGCAAAAUAUAUUAUGAAAUGCCUGACAUAUGUCCUUCUUUCCACUCUUACCAAAGUUCUUUCCUCAUCUGACCCUCUCAUUUUGUAAAUCCACAUCUUCACUUACCUUGCCAUCUGUCACAGAGAUCUCUAUUACUCAUUUCUGCUUUAUGUACUUUUCUCAAUUUAAUACUCAUCCCAUCCCAUUCUUUUUGUACUUGGUCACUGAUAUCCUUAUUUGCCCUUUCUUAUCUCUGUUCUGCUCUCAUCUGUUUGCUGAAAUUCCCCCCUUGAAUCAAAUAACUCACGCCUUCUUCCUUAACAUCUAUUGUUCAUCAUUUCUUCUCUUCUGCUCUCCAUCUGGUCAGCAUGUUGGACCACAUGUCCAGACGUUCUCGCUCCCUGCUGUCUCUUUUCUUCACCUCCCUUGCUCUUUCGUUAUCUGUGCUGGCAUUCUGCACAUCAUACUGGUGCGAGGGAACGCACAAGGUGGUUAAACCACUCUGCCUUUCACCUGUCAAGAUGAAGAACUGUGGUCAGAACAACAGUGAGCCUUACACUACAGAGAGCCCCACCCCAGAUCCCUGGGGCCCAUCCAAUAGAACAAUAUCACCAAAGCGAAGGGAGGAACUUGCUAAGAUUCGACAGAGGCAAUUAGCCAAUGCAGUCAAUUACAUCUGGGAGACAGGAGAGGACAAAUAUACCUUUCGAUAUUUCCACACAGGUUUUUGGGAAUCUUGUGAAAGACAUGCUGAUGGAGAACGAUGUCGCAGGUUUUUGGAUCUUACCCCUGGAGAGACUCAUGGUGUUCUAUGGUUAUCAAUGAUUGCUGAGUUCAUGUACAUCAGUUUGUUAGGGAUGGGUUUUCUACUCAUGUGGCUGGAGGUGUUGUGUUUUCAUAAAGAAAUGCAUGCACUCAAAAUCAAUGCUUUCGCAGCCAUAUGCACUGUGCUCUCAGGGCUAUUGGGGAUGGUGGCUCAUAUGAUGUACACCACUGUAUUUCAGCUUACUGUAAUUGUGGGACCCAAAGACUGGAGACCUCAGACAUGGGACUAUGGCUGGUCAUUUGCGCUGGCAUGGGUUUCUUUUAGUUGCUGCAUGGGUGCUGCAGUUAUGACCCUUAAUUCUUACACUAAAACAGUCAUUGAGCGGCGUCACCGGCAGAGGCUUCGACUAGAGGAUGCACGUGCAACAAGCCACGCUCCAGCAUAUGACGAGGUGGUCCCAGGGGGCGGGCUGUACUCUGUCAGUGGACUAUUACAGUGCCCAGAUGGGAUGAUAGACUCUGUGUGGGCAUCAGAUGGGAGCAUGGGAAUGGGGAGAGAGGGCAAUGUGCCCACCCUGGUGCUGGUUGGUGGGUGUGGACCGGAUACAUGUGAGGACUGUGAGAGAGAAAUGGAUCAGAUGAAGGAGGCCAUGAAGGGAUCUGACUCUCCUUGCUAAAUGCAAUUUGGGAUUACAUUUGAGCUGUAUUGAUAACAAUGGCCUUGAAUGUUUUUCUUGCACAGUUGAUUAAAAUAGUGUAAUGUUAUCCUUCUCUAAAGAUAUUUUUUUCCCAGCAUGAAUGUGGCUGAAAUUCAGUCAGUGUGAGUGGAGAGAGGAGUUCGAGAGAUUCAGAGAGCUAGUAUGUGUGAGACAGGUGUCACCUGUUAAUUGUGCAGUGAGUAGAUUUCCUCGUGUAAGGAUUCUAGGAAAUUGUAUCUAUGUUUUGAAGAGUAUGAGACUCUUGAGUGGAUUACACUGAGACUGUCAAAUCAUGAGGUCUGUUAUUUUCUGUUUUGCUGUUGUCUCAUUUGUAAUAUUUUAUUAUUGGUUUUCUGCUAUCUUGUUUUUUUUUUUUUUUUUCAGGAUUGUCACCCCAAAGCAAUUUAUAAAUAAAAACCUAAAGCUUAAAUAGCCACUGGCAAUGUAAAAAGAUUUUGUUAAAAUGUUGUAGUGAACUAUUUACCUGCUACCUGCUGUUUCAUCUCUGCUAUGCAAUAACCAUGAAACUCAUCGAAUGUGAAAUGUAUCUGAUUACGUAACCAAAGUACAUAUGAAAGUUCUUGAUCAGACAUGUUUAAAAGCAUGAGAAACUGUGGGUGAAUUUGAUCUCUCUUUUUGUUUUUGUUUUUAAAUCUGUUCUUGCAUCAUGUUCUCAUGAACCAACAGCACAUUUUUACAUCACUACAGUAUAGCCCAGUAAUCAUCACUUAGUUUAAAAAAAUGUUCAGUUGUGUAAAUAAUUGCGCAAAUAUUUAUUUUACUCUAUUAUCAUUAUUUUGUGUUUAUUUCUUUCUUUAUUUGUUAUUACAGUUUUUUUUUCAUUCAUUAGAGUCGUAAAUAUUUUCUUGCACACAAACAUUAAAAAAAUAAUAAUUGCGGCAUGAAAUGGGAGCAUUUGAUGAUCUUUUUUUCUUUUGUUUAAGGUAGUCCUUUUUACUACCAUUUAUUAGCAAUGUACAUGUAUAAAUUGCCUUUAAAGAUGCUGACACAUGUUGAUAUUGGUUGCAACAUUAGGCAAUACACUUCCAUUACAUGCAAAAUUUACAGAAUCAAAAAUUCUUCAAAUAUCUAUUCAAUGUGUAAUUGUUUUGAACCAUCAAGUGGUGUGAUCAAUGAAGAUGUGUUACUGCAAUUUUAAUUUCUGUUAGUUAAGAGUGUAGUGUAUAUAGUCAAUAAUGUAAAUAAAACUGUAAGAACUGUGUAACAUACCCUGCGGUGUAUACAGUAAUCUUAUUUACUCUAUAGGACUUUUACUGUACUGUAAUAACAUAUUGCAGAUCUAGCAGACAUCCAGGAUUAUUAUUAUUUUUUUUUUUCUUUUUUUGGUAAAAUGUUCUUAUUAGUGACUUGUCAGUUGACCUUUUCAGAUUAGGGUUAGCGAAUCUGUUCGUUUCUGACAUGGUAAGGCCUCUGUUUACCCCACGUUGUCCAGACUUCAUUAGACAAUAGUUCCCUCUGCCUCCAUGCCUUUGAUGGGACCUAUGACCAACACUUUGACCUCAUUAAUGGGGCCCACACCCACCUUUCUGACCAAUCUGACAGGUCUCUUGUCCCUUCUUGUCUUUGGUUUCUCUCCCAUGUUUUCUAUUUUGUUCCAUGUUGGCAAAUUGCGAAUGCUCACACAUGUAUAUUUUUACAUUUCCAAUUUGUGGUUGCCGAUUGACAAUACUGUAAAAAGAAUUCAUUCCGUUUGGUUAUGCUGUUUCAAACAUGCAAUUUGAACAUACACAAAGACAAUAGCCAAACAUGUAUAAGGAAUGCCUGUGUGAGAUAAAAAAAAAAAGUUUAAAUGUAAAGGCAUACCAAAUGUUUUGUUGAAUAAGAAGUUGAUUCAACGGAAGCACAUGUGUAUGUAUGUGAAUGUAUGUGGAUUGUUAUAGGCAAUUAUUAAAACAAAAAUAAAGCUAUUUCUACAUGCACUGGUAAGAAGGGGUGAAAAUGUUUAACUUGUGGUU